AUAAAAAUCAUAAUUGCAUCACAAUUACAGCGGAGUCCCUCUUCGUUUUUUCCCGCGGUACUUCGUAGCAGUAGAGUGCCAGAGCUUCACUUCCAUGGCUUCUCCUCCUUCCUCUACUCAAACCCUCGGCGACAGAUCUCAUUUCAAGCCAACCGUAACUCUCUCCGAUUGGUGGUUGGUCAAAUCCAAAGAGAACGACGAAAAAAGGAGACUUGCCGUCGCCGGUGUUUCUUCCGCCCCGCAAGAGAUUCCCCGGAGAGUGUUUUACUCUGCGCCCAUCAGUAAAAAAUACGAUGUGUUCACUCUAGAGACUACUGAUGGAGUGUGCAUUAUUCUUGAUGGGAUUAUUAACAAGCAGCAGACUAUUGCAAAUGGGUUUCCUGAGGAGGUACUAAAAAACCCAUCUUUUGGAUCAACUUAUUUUCAGUGGAUUGGUAGUUCAAAGAGUCAAGAAGAAACUCGAACUCCUUAUGGCAAUCAGAAGAACCCAAUGUCCGGAUGCUCUAUGAAGCAUAAAAGUACUAAGAUGCUUCCUUCAUCAGAUGCCUUUGAGAGUGUAGGAGGAGCAUCAGGUGCAGCUGUUCAGUCAAGGGGGGAAAUGAACGAAUCAGAGAGAUGUCCAAGCAAUUCUGCACGCAGAGUGACUAGAUUUUUUUCGGAGUUUUUAAGGAGCAAAUGGACGAACCACCAAAUGGUUGACAAUGGUUUGAACUCUGAAAAAAAGACAACGGACUCUCUUCUAACAGUAUCUGAAACUGUGAACAACUCUCAACAAAAUGGUAAAUGUGAAGUUGGAGGGAAAGGCGUGAAAAGUUCCAGUCCAACUUCUGUGCAUCUUUCUCUAGAGGACGAUUCACAUGAGCAAGUCUCUUGUGAAGACAUGCGUGAUGCUGAAUUUCCAAAACAGUUGUCUUCGAAGCUGUCCUUGAAUAGCUCCAUUGAUGACUCAAAAAUUGAUGACUUGGUUAACUAUGCCGCUGAGGAGGAAACAGACAGAGAGGAUUUUGGAUCAACUGGUUUGCAGUGUAUUGGGAUGCUGAAGACUCUUGAAGAAAAUGAGAAGGGCCCAGUAUCCGGAUGCUUGAUCAAUCAUAAUCAUACAGAAAUUAGUCCUUCAAUAGAUGUAGGUGUAGUAGCGUCAGGUGUAACCAUUCCGUUUGCGGCGCAAAUUGAUAUAUCAAAUAUAUAUCCGAGAAAUUCUGGAGGCAGAGUGUCCGGAGAUUUGUCAAUAAUUACAAGGAGCAAAGGUAAGACGAAGCAAAUUGUUGGCAACGGAUUGAACUCUGAACAAAAUACCAUGGACUCUGUACCCGCAGUUGAAACAGUGAGCAAUGAUUCAACAAAUGUGGAUUCUGAAGUAGGAGGGAGACAUGUGUUUGAAUCUUUUCUCUGUUAUUGUGAAAUGGCUGAAGAUGUACUAAAUUCUAGUCUAACUCCUGUGCAUUUUCCUCACGAAACUCCUAACGAGAAGGUCCAUUGUGAAGAUAGGCUUGAUAUUGAAUAUUCAAAACAGAAUUCUACAAACCUGUCCUCAAAUAGCACCAUUGAUGACUCAAAAAUUGAUGUUCUGAUGAACCAUGCUGCUGAAGUGGAAUUGGACGCAGAGAAUAUUGGAUUAACUGAAUUUCAGUCUGUUGGGAGACCACAGGCUCAAGAAGAAAAUGAGAAGAAUCCAGCAUCUGAGCCUGAAGUGGAAUUGGAUGCGGAGAAUAUUGGAUUCACUGAGUUUCAGUCUGUUGGAAGACCACAGACUCGAGAAGAAAAUGAGAAGAAUCCAGCAUCUGAGCCUGCGUCAGAAGCCCUUGAGAUCCUAGAUGGAGCAGUCGAUGCAAAUGCUCAGUCAGGUGGAAAAAUGGAUAUAUCAGAGAGAUCCCCAAGCAAGUCUGCAGGCAGAGUGUCGCAACUGUUCUCAGGAAUUAUUAGGAGAAAAGAGAAGAAGAAGCAAACGGUUAGCAAUGGAUUGAACUCUGAAACAAAGACAAUAGAUUCUGUUCCAGCAGUUUCUGGCAGUGUGAGCAACCCGUUACAAAGUGAUCGUUUUGAAACAGUAGGGAAUGGGAUGCCCCGUCCUACAAAUUCUGAACUUCAAGAACCAGUGGAUGUGAAUGUGGUAAGGAAACUAGAUUUUGAUUUUGUAGAAGAUGAUAUGGAGCAGACUUCCAAUGCAAAAGAGGGACAGGAUUUUGGAAAUGUUACAGCUCAAGUUGGAGAAGGAGAAAGUGGUGCUAAAGAAGAAAACAAAUCCAGGAAGAGAAACAUGAGACAAGUAACCGUUGAUACACAACAAAUUCAUUUCAUUCCAGAAGUGAACAAGAAAAAAAAGGUGGGGGUGAACAAGAAAAAAAACUCAACUCCUUCCACACUGGAGGUGAAGAAGAAAAAAGAUGGAACUCCAGAGGUGAUCAAGAGAACGAAGGGAUCUUCUUCCACUUUGGAGGUGAGCAAGAAAAAAAAGUUAACCCCUUUGACCCUAGAGGUGAACAACAAAAAAGAGGUAUCUCUUUCCAUUCCAAAGGUGAACACAAAGAAAAGAAAGGUAUCUCCUUCUUUGGACGGAAGCAAGAAAAGAACGUCAAGUCCUUUGACUCUGGAGGUGAACAGUAAAAAAGCAGUAUCUCUUUCCACUUCGAAGGUAAACACAAAGAAAAGAAAGGUAUCUCCUUCCACAUUGGAGGUGAGCAAGGAAAAUAAGUCGAGUCCUUCGACUCUGGAGGUGAAUGAGAAAAAAGAGGCAUCUCUUUCCACUCCGAAGGUGAACACGAAGACGUCUAUUAUUUCUCCAGAAUCUAUGAGUGCCGGACGGUCAAGAUCAGGGAGACUGCAGCUACCUCCCUUGGAAUUCUGGCGCAAUCAGUCGGCAGUUUAUGACAAGGAUCAUGGAGUUAUUGGGAUUCAGGAAGAGCUACCUAGAGUAACAGCGUCAAGAGGGCGGCAUAAGAAUCUCAAGGACUUGUGUAUAAUGAAAGCUCAGGGCACAUAGCACCACUCUUGAGGGGAUGUUCACAGCAGAGGGAGAUAUGGAAUGUAUAUUUGUAUAAGUUUAACAAAGGAAAGCUGAAGUUUCUUAAAGGAGAUUACGAAACAGUCGUCAAUCUUCUUUUGUAUAUUCUUUAGUUCUCGAAUAGGUUUUUGCUAGGAGGUUUAACAAAUUGUACCGAAGUGUAAACAUAGUGCAGGAUCUAUUCGUUGCUCCCCUAACCUUGAUAUCUAAUUGUUUUUGUGAGUGCUAACCUCAUUAUUUCAAAAGCUCAGGGUUGUGCAACUUGAAAGUUUUUACCUUUA